CAGAAUAUAGCAAAAUUCCUGAAAAGAAAUCUUUAGAAUUAUUUAGCCAUUCUGAAUUUUUAAACAAACUUGAAAAAAAAACCGUUUUUGGCGCGCAACAACUUCAAGGUGGUACGAUUGCAAGCUGAUGUAAACAAACCAAAAUAAGAUUUUCAAAAUAAAACAUGAAAACGGAAGUUGGAAGCUGUGUACUGUGCCAGGUGCACGUCCCUUGCCGGAAGAGUCACUACAUAUUCUCCAAGAAGACACCCGAAGAAGACAAUGUUGCGGAUAUUUUGUCCAGGAUCCUCGAGAUUCCCGUGGAAGUGGGCCUAAUCCACUCGGAGUACAUGUGCUUGAAUUGCGAACUAAUAUGCCGAGAGUAUGCUGGAAUUGAGAUCCGUAUGCACAGGAUAAAGGAGGAGGUCAUUGAGAAUUACAAUAAAAUCAUUUCAACUAUUGAGUAUGUUGAGGUGCCAGCUAAAGAAGAGAUUGUGGAGGAAGUUCCUGAGGAAGCUUAUGGGGAUGAAGUAGCUAUUUACACUGAAGAAGAUCCCACUGAGCGUUCCUUUGACUACGAUGCCAGUACCCAGGGAAGCCCACAGGAAGCUAAGGAAGAAACAACAGCGGAUGCGGAGCAUGUAAUGAUUCUAACAGAGAGUACAACGGAAUCUGGGAAUGAGGAUCAGGAGCAUCGUGAUUUAUGCAAAUCAGAUGAACGUGAACAGCACGAGAGUAGGAUUUAUACGCGCAAGGAUAAUGUUUUCUGCUGCCAUCUCUGCCCACAGGAGACACUUAUUGAUGAUCCUACGGAAUUCACAAUGCACAUGAAGGGCAAGCACAUGCAGAAGCUCUACAUUUGCGAUAUUUGUGGCAUGGACUGUAGGCGAAGGAUGUACUUGUUGAGACAUCUUGAAUUGCAUGCAAGUGAUGGAAUAAAACAAGACAAAAAAAAAAGCUCAAAAGAUGAAGAGAUUUCCCUGGAAGAGGAUGUGGAGAAGCAGGAGAAACGAUCACUUCCCGCUGGUCCAUCAAAGCCCUGGUAUUGCAUGCUGUGCGACAAAUCGUAUGUUUCGAAGAAUUUACUCGAGGAACACAUGAAUAUGCAUACGGGUGAUCGCCCGUAUUCCUGUACCAAAUGCACCAAGACAUUUGCCUCAAAAUACACCUUGGCUGCACACCUGAAGAUCCACUCGACACGACCGAGGCCCUACAAUUGCUCAGUGUGCAACAAAAAAUUCCUCACAGGGCAGAAUUUAUCACACCACGAAAAGACGCAUCUGGGUGUGAAGGAAUACGUGUGUGAGGUGUGCAACAAAGCUUUUGGAUCAUCACACAACCUCAGGGUUCACAAAAUUGUUCAUUCCGGCAAUAAACCCUUCCUCUGCCGUACGUGUGGCAAGUCCUUUGCCCGGAGAGCCGAAGUGCGUGAUCACGAGAGGAUCCACACGGGUGAGAAACCCUUUAAAUGCGACAUCUGCGCCAUGUCCUUCGCGCAGAGAUCAAAUCUACAAUCACACAAGCGAGCAACGCAUCUCAAUGAGAAGCGCUACAGGUGUGAGGUGUGUGAGAAAACCUUCAAGCGAAGACGUUUACUUGAUUAUCACACGCAGGCUGCCCAUACGGGGGAGAGACCAUUCAAAUGUACCCUCUGUCCGUCAUCUUUUGUAUAUCCGGAGCAUUUGAAGAAGCACCUCCUAAUUCACAGCAAUGAGAAGAAAUAUACGUGCGAGGUUUGCGGAAAGGGUUUCAAUAAUCAAGACAACAGGAAUACUCAUAGAUUUGUUCAUUCUGACAAAAAGCCCUUUGAAUGUGUUCAGUGUGGUCAAGGAUUUAUGAGGAAGCCCCUUCUAUUUGCCCACAUGAAGUCUGAAGGACAUUUAAGUGAUACAAUUAUUGUGAAUCAACCACAAUUACUUGAGCAUCCUGGAGUGGGUGAAAGUGAAAAUCCGAAUAUUGAAAUGACAUCAGCUGGAAGGAGUACGUAUGUAAUCUCAAGUGAAGAAGCUGAGGAACAAAUGUCACAAAUUAUUGACGAUAUUUCAAUUGAGGAACAAAUUCAUGAUGUUGAUAAGAAGAAUAUCAAAAUCGAAUAAAUUCCUAAAAAAUCUAUGUAAGUAUUUUAUCAAAAUAAAGUAAAAUCUAUUUCUCAAAAUUUUCAAAAGUUUCUUAAUACCUAUAAAUAACCAAAAGGAGGAAAGAAUAAUAUUUCUGUUUCUUUAAUAAAUAAAACUCUUCAAAUUCUAUUCAUGACAAUUUGCAGUGAAUUGCAAUAAGAUAUAUUUCAGCUAAAUUCAUUGAUAGUUUUCAUUAAUGUAUGAGUAAAUAAGAUAUAUAACUUACUAUGUAUUUCAUUGUUAUCAGUGAAGCGUAAAAAUGAAUAAAAAUAAUUAAGUCAAAUUGAAAUUCUAUUUUCAUAGACAAAAGCAUGGGGAGAUGCAACGUAAUAAAAACGACGUAAAAUCUCAAAUUGUUGGCAAAAAAAGUAAUUUAGCAAU